CACGGGUCAAUGAUGAUUUCCUGUGUUCACUGAUAGGCCUGUUGCGGGUCAGGUGUGGCGCCGUCUUUGGGCUGCACUUCACAGCAGAGUCUUGUGGCCUCUCGGGGUCCCUGCGAUUUGCACCGGCGGGAGCAACUGUCUCUGCACUUCUGGGGUUUUCUUACAUGCCUGUUUUUCUCAAAAUGAGUGUCAGUAUCACCUUCGUAAGACCUUUUGCCAGAGUUUUAGUGCCAUUUACCCUUCAUAGGAAGAGAAGGGUUUUAUAUUCAACAAUUCUGCAGAGAUUCAUGUCUUCCAAAAUACCAGCUGUGUCUUAUCCUAGUAAAGCGAGUACAUCACCUCCUGAACAGCUGGAAUUGGAUGGGUGGAAAAUUACAAUGAAAUCUAGUGUCCAAGAAAGUGUUCCAACAGCCUCUAGUACCAAGGAUGAAGAUCCUGUAGCUGCCACAAGGGAGUUAAUUGAGAUGUGGAGGUUGCUUGGCAGAGAAGUACCAGAAUAUAUCAGCGAAGAAGAACUCAAAACCAUUAUGGAAUGUGCUUCUAAGUCAUCGAAAAAAAAAUAUUUAAAAUAUUUAUAUGUUAAGGAAAAAAUGAAAAAAGCUAAGCAAAUAAAAAAGGAAAUGAAAGCAGCAGCAAAGGAAAAAGCAAAAGAAGAUCAGCUGCUAGAAACCACUAAGGAAAAUAAACAGCAAAACUUUCUAUUUCUACGACUUUGGGAUAGGAACAUGGACACAGCAAUGGGCUGGAAGGGUGCCCAGGCCAUGCAGUAUGGACAACCUUUGGUUUUUGACAUGGCUUAUGAUAAUUAUAUGGAACCAAAAGAACUGCAGAAUACUGUUUCCCAACUUUUAGAAAGUGAAGGAUGGAACAGAAGAAAUGUUGAUCCUUUCCAUAUUUAUUUCUGCAAUCUUAAAAUAGAUGGCCCUUUUUAUAGAGAGUUAAUUAAACGUUAUGGAGAAAAAUGGAACAAAUUGCUUUUAACAACAACAGAAAAGUCUUAUGUAGAUUUAUUUCCAAAGGACAGUAUUGUAUAUUUAACUGCAGAUUCUCCCAAUGUUAUGACUGCUUUCAAGCAUGACAAAAUUUAUAUAGUGGGAUCUUUUGUUGAUAAGAAAAUGCAGCCAGGUACAUCCCUGGCCAAGGCAAAACAGCUGAAUCUGAAAACCGAAUGCCUUCCAUUAGAUAAAUAUUUACAAUGGGACACUGGUACAAAAAAUCUCACCUUAGAUCAAAUGAUGCGUAUUUUGUUAUGUCUGAAAAACACAGGUAAUUGGGAAGAGGCUCUGAAGUUUGUACCUAAGAGAAAACAUACUGGUUAUCUAGAGAUUUCUCAGCAUUCUAAGGGGUUUGUCAAUAGACUGAAGAAGUCAAAAACUUUCAAUUCAUUUCCAAAAGGUUCUCUAAAUAUAUGCACACAGAAAAAGUGACUUGAACAUUUGAUAGCUUAAAAAGUAAAUAGGUUAGAAAUACAGUACUAUUAGUCUUUUUUUUCCUGAAUGUAACUCACUUGCUCUUUUAAAGGUUGUCUUUCCAAACUAAAUGAAGUAUUGUAUCUUUCUCUGAUUAAAUAUCUGCAAAACUUUGGAAAUACAUUUUGUUUGCUAUAAAAAGAAAAUCUUAGAAAGUAAAGAGUUGUCCAAGUUUGUUGAGUCCAGUAAAACAGUUGUACCAUCA